ACAUUUAUUUCAGUAUAGUGUCGUGUUGGGCUGCGUGUCCUCUCUUGUUUCUGCGCCCUCUCCACGCCCUUCCCAGCUUCCUGUUAGCCAAAGGGAAUCGCUCUUUCUGAACGAAAAGUUCCCAGAGCGGAGCUGAACCUCCCGGAAAAUGCUCUUCUCUUCCGUGUGCGCAGGAUGGGGGUGGGUCCAAAGCUAAACAGGGUAGAGGAGACCGAAAGGAUCCAAACUCCCUGGCAGAAGCAGGAGAGGAACCGGAGAGGAUGGCCGGAGCGGGCAGCCAGCACCACCCUCCGGGAGUCGCGGGAGGAGCGGCUGCUGGGGCCGGCACCGUUUCCCCCACAGCUGCGGGACCGGGAGAGGAUUCUUCCGACAGUGAAGCAGAGCAGGAGGGACCCCAGAAGCUGAUCCGCAAAGUAUCCACCUCUGGACAGCUACGGACCAAGACCAGUAUUAAAGAAGGACAACUGCUGAAACAAACCAGCUCUUUCCAAAGGUGGAAAAAGAGAUACUUCAAGCUUCGAGGCCGUACACUUUAUUAUGCAAAAGACUCAAAGUCCUUGAUAUUUGAUGAAGUUGACCUCUCAGAUGCCAGUGUCGCUGAAGCAAGCACAAAAAACGCCAACAACAGCUUCACGAUAAUCACUCCCUUCAGAAGGUUGAUGCUAUGUGCUGAGAACAGGAAGGAAAUGGAAGACUGGAUCAGCUCUCUGAAGUCAGUGCAGAGCCGAGAACCGUAUGAGGUGGCCCAGUUUAAUGUGGAACAUUUCUCAGGGAUGCAUAACUGGUAUGCCUGCUCCCAUGCCCGGCCCACCUUCUGCAACGUGUGCAGGGAGAGCCUCUCCGGAGUGACCUCCCACGGCCUGUCCUGCGAAGUGUGUAAGUUCAAGGCUCACAAAAGGUGUGCGGUGAGGGCAACCAAUAACUGCAAAUGGACCACACUGGCCUCCAUCGGGAAGGACAUCAUCGAGGACGAGGACGGUGUCGCCAUGCCUCAUCAAUGGCUUGAAGGUAACUUGCCUGUGAGUGCCAAGUGUGCAGUCUGUGACAAAACCUGCGGCAGCGUCCUCCGCCUGCAAGAUUGGAAAUGCCUUUGGUGUAAGACGAUGGUCCACACCGCCUGCAAAGAUUUGUACCAUCCCGUCUGUCCCCUUGGCCAGUGUAAAGUGUCUGUCAUCCCUCCGAUUGCACUAAACAGCACAGAUUCUGAUGGUUUCUGUCGAGCGACCUUUUCGUUCUGUGUCAGCCCUCUCUUGGUGUUCGUCAACUCUAAGAGCGGAGACAACCAGGGGGUAAAGUUCCUUCGCCGCUUUAAGCAGCUGCUCAACCCUGCUCAGGUGUUUGACUUAAUGAACGGAGGGCCUCACUUAGGCUUAAGGUUAUUUCAGAAGUUUGACAACUUCCGGAUUCUUGUCUGUGGAGGAGAUGGAAGUGUAGGCUGGGUUUUGUCAGAGAUCGAUAAACUGAACUUGAACAAACAGUGCCAGCUUGGGGUCUUGCCUUUGGGUACAGGCAAUGACCUCGCUCGCGUCCUUGGCUGGGGUGGCUCCUAUGAUGAUGACACCCAACUUCCUCAGAUCCUAGAGAAGCUGGAAAGAGCUAGCACCAAAAUGCUGGACAGGUGGAGCAUAAUGACAUACGAACUCAAAUUGCCAGCGAAGACAUCUUUGCUCCCUGAACCCGCAGAAGCAUCUGGAGGAUUUUAUAUGGCGAUUUAUGAAGACUCAGUUGCCAAUCACCUUACGAAAAUCCUCAAUUCUGAUGAACACGCGGUGGUCAUAUCGUCUGCCAAGAUCCUCUGUGAAACCGUGAGGGACUUCGUUGCCAAAGUGGAGAAGGCACAGGACAAAACACUGGAAAAUACAGUAGUAGCCGAAGCCGUGGCCAGUAAAUGCUCAGUUCUAAAUGAGAAGCUCGAACAGCUGCUGCAAGCCCUGCACGCGGACGCUCAGGCCAGUCGGGUGCCCCCAGGGGUCGGCCCUGCGAUCCCCGAGGAGGAUGCCGUGGAGUCCUCCAGUGAGGAGUCCUUGGGUGAAAGCAAGGACCAGCUUGUGAAUGACGUUGCCAAACCCUCCUCCCAGAAAGGCGUGAAACCCCGGGAAAUAAUGCUGCGCGCAAACAGUCUCAAGAAGGCAGUGAGGCAAGUCAUUGAAGAAGCUGGAAAAGUCAUGGAUGAGCAGACAGUUCACCCCUGUGAAGCCGUCAGUCAGUCUGGUGACCAUGACAGCACAGAAACGGAUGAAUCUAAAGAUGAUGAUGUGAAAGAGUUGUCCGCAGCCAAAUCCUCAUCUCAGUCUCCUGAUGGCCAGGCAAGUCGUGGUCAUUUCCAAACGGAUUCUGCCGCUGGUUCAACUGUGACCACCACCAAAGAAAAUCUCCCUGUGCUCAACACCAGAAUUAUCUGCCCAGGUUUAAGGGCAGGACUCGCCGCCUCGAUUGCCGGGAGUUCCAUCAUCAACAAAGUGUUGCUGGCAAACAUUGACCCUUUUGGUGCGACACCGUUUAUUGACCCGGAUCUCGAUUCACUAGAUGGAUACUCAGAAAAAUGUGUCAUGAACAAUUACUUUGGGAUUGGAUUAGAUGCAAAAAUUUCAUUAGAAUUUAAUAAUAAGAGAGAAGAACACCCAGAAAAAUGCAGAAGCCGAACUAAAAACUUGAUGUGGUACGGAGUCCUGGGGACCCGGGAGUUAUUACAGAGAUCGUACAAAAACCUGGAGCAAAGGGUCCAGCUUGAGUGUGACGGGCAGUACAUUCCUCUACCCAGCUUACAAGGCAUAGCGGUGCUGAACAUCCCUAGCUACGCAGGAGGCACCAACUUCUGGGGCGGGACCAAAGAGGACGAUAUAUUUGCUGCGCCAUCAUUCGAUGACAAGAUUCUGGAAGUCGUUGCCGUGUUUGACAGUGUGCAGAUGGCUGUGUCCAGGGUCAUUAAACUGCAGCAUCACCGGAUAGCGCAGUGCCGUACAGUAAAAAUCACUAUAUUUGGUGAUGAGGGAGUCCCUGUGCAGGUGGAUGGUGAAGCGUGGGUGCAGCCUCCAGGGAUCAUCAAAAUUGUGCACAAAAACAGAGCCCAGAUGCUAACGAGAGACCGAGCCUUUGAAAGCACUCUGAAGUCUUGGGAAGACAAGCAGAAGUGUGACGCGGGCAAGCCAGUUCUUCGAACCAACCUGUACAUCCAUCCCGCCGCCGACCUGGCAACAGAAGAAGUGUCGCAGAUGCGGCUCUGCUCCCAGGCCGCAGAGGAACUCAUCACUAGGAUUUGUGAUGCAGCCACGAUUCACUGUCUGCUGGAGCAGGAACUGGCUCAUGCAGUAAAUGCAUGCUCGCACGCCCUGAACAAAGCCAACCCACGCUUCCCGGAGAGCCUCACAAGAGAUACCGCCACUGAAAUAGCCAUCAAUGUCAAGGCGCUAUAUAAUGAAACAGAAUCUUUGCUCGUUGGCCGGGUUCCUUUGAACAAAUGUGAAAAAUCAUCUAAUCAGUUUCCUUAUACUAAAAGGAAAAUGCAGUUGGAAUCUCCCCAUGAAGAGCUGGUAUCCAGUGCCUUACACUCUGUGGAGGUGGAGCUACAGAAGUUAACGGAGAUCCCCUGGCUUUACUACAUCCUCCGCCCCAAUGAGGACGAGGAACCUCCAAUGGAUUGCACCAAGAGAAACAGCAAAAGCACAGUCUUUCGCAUCGUGCCAAAGUUUAAAAAGGAAAAGGCUCAGAAACAGAAAACAAGUUCACAGCCUGUUCAGAAUUGGGGCACAGAGGAAGUUGCUGCUUGGCUGGAUCUGCUCAAUUUGGGAGAGUACAAAGAAAUCUUCAUCCGUCAUGACAUCAGAGGGGCUGAACUUUUGCAUCUGGAAAGAAGAGAUCUUAAGGACCUGGGGAUCCCGAAAGUGGGUCACAUGAAGCGAAUUCUCCAGGGAAUUAAGGAGCUCGAGAGGAACCCUCCCAACUUGCUCUGAGGUGUGGCUGCACCGGUGCUAUUUCCUGGAAGAGAAGUCCUGGGGACUCAAUACAGAGUUCUCGGAAACCACUGCUGUUCUCGUGAUUUCCUGGUAGAUACGCACCACCGAGGCACCUCUCUGGAUUGGAGUUUUGCUGUGGGUGAAAGUUUGAGUUUGAGGUAUUAGAAAAUCAUUUUUGUGCCAAAAACAAACAAGAAAACAGUCCAGCCCAUUCCACGAAGCCAUUUUCUUAGUGUGCAAAGCUGACAAGCUAGAAGAUGCUUGCAGUAGGGAGAAGCGGGGGAAUGGUUAGAGGCAGUUGCCUUGUCUGAAAGGUGGAGUUACAUGCUCGCCGAUCCUCCACUCUCCCUAGAGCAGGACUGGCAGGAGGCUCUUCUGCGCACCUGCAACUGUGUCAAUAGUACGCAGCUGAAACUUCUCAGGCUUCCUCAGUGAAGGCAUCGGCUCCCACCCAAACACCACUGGUUAGGAGAUGAAGAGGGGAAUUGUAUUUUGAGUGUUUUCACCUUAAGUUCCCAGUAGCCACUGGUCAAAGAGUAUGGUGAGACCAACCCAUCACAUACUAUGAAUGACGCGAAUUUAGUGCACGAUGCGCCUGCCUGAGUUGUCUUUCUUUUUCUUGCAUGUCAUGUAUAUUACCGUAGUACUUCAGUAGCUGUAAUGUCUGUUAUAAUGGAAUUUAAUUUAUUACCACCUGACUACUCAAGCACUUUUUGGAUGGUUAAGGGCACUUUUCUUCAGUGUGGACUUUGGAGAAAAUAUUCCCACACCUAAGACUCUGUGAACGUUCAUCUGUGCCGUGAUCAACAAAUGAUGUACAUCUUAUGCAAACCAAAUUGAUUUGCCUCUCCCAAACCGUAGGUGUGUGCAUUCAGAGAAUUGUUGGGCGUUUUCAUAAGCUUUACACAUUUCUCUUGCCUAACAAAAACUUAAAUUGCGACUUUCCAAACCCAGAUCCUCAGGAUUUGUUCCCAUUUUUUUUUUCAUUGCAGUUUGAUUACCAUUUUGAGUUUCCAAGUUUGAAUUGGUAAAACUGUUGGCAUAGAGAAGUUGUCCAAGGUCUCAGCUGAGAUUUGCACCCUGAGUUGUCCAGACUAGCUGAAGCGAUUACUGACAUAAGGAAAUUUAAUGGAAGAUUUUAAUUUUGUUACUUAAGGGCUUUUUGUAUUAUUUUCUCACACACAUUUUGAUAGUCUAUCAGGUAGAUAUUAUUUUCCUUUAAAAAAAACAUUAUAUGUCAAUGUUGCUCAGUAAAAUUACCAAGUAUUUGAAAGCCAAAGGUAUAUAUGUCAAAAAAAAGUUUAAAAAAAUCUUUAUAAGUGUUUUCUGGUCAUUAUAUGCCAAAAAUUAAUUGGAUUAUUUGCAAGUUCUAUAUAUAAGAGAAGCAAACAGGUUGCUGGUCCAGCGGAGACUGUUUUGAUAAAGUAAUUUGCUAGGUGCUAGUAGAUAAACAUGCCCACUCAUGUGUACACAUACAUGCCCAUAUACCUUUACCUGGAUAUAUACACUUACUUACAUAGUGUCUUGAGAUACAGUACCCCUGAUAUUUUCUAGACAAAUUUUGCUCAAUAUCUGACAUUUCAUUUUUAUUUCUAACUUGGGUAUUUACUAGUUAAAAAAAAUAACAAAAUUUAGAUACCUUAAAUAGGGCAAAACCAAAAAAAUCGUCAGACAAUCUCAAUGGGUUCCUGACGAUAUAUUUUUUACCUAAGUUGUGCACAAUGGAAAUUUUCCAAAGAUAAUUCAUAUCAAGGCUUUUGAGCUGAUAAUAGGCCAGCCACUUAGUAAUUUUAAUGUUUUGUACACGGGUAAAGUUGAAUGUGCCCUUUGCAGUCCCUUUGGUACCCCCUGGUGAGACCCCUACCAGCACUUCCUGUGAAACCAGAUUAUCGGAGGUCAGACUCACAGAACUCUCCCCAGAUCAUUGCUCAGGAGAAAGGGCUAGGGAUGGGGCAGGGGCUCCAGCAUAAAGAGUGCAUUACUAUAAGAAUCCUUACUGAGUUUUCACCUUCCCCCAAAUACAUCUUUGUCAACAGAAAAAGCAAUGUUCUAUUGACUACUUCCCUAGGGACGGGCAGUGAUGGGCUUUUCUUUUGUUUGAUAAUCUCUGCAGCUCCUGCCAACACCUUUUAUGUGUUCUGUAACAUCCCAGCUCAUGGAGACUUAAAGUAGAAUGGCUUUGGGAUGAUGGAAAUCCUUUAAUAUGACAACUUGGACAAGCGGUUUGUUCCCAUGUGAACGUUUUUCCUCUGUAAUCCACGUCCGCAGGUAUCAGGGCUGGACUGCAGUGAGUGCCGAGGCCUGUUCACCAGCAGUGUGCUCUCAGAGACCCCACCCGUCUCUGCUAGUGUCCUAAGGAAACCAUCUCAUCCUAAGUGGGGUUUCAAACACAGGACAGUGGGGAUUGCCUCUCGCUAAGAUCCGGUCACAUCUGGGAAUGUAGAGGACUGUGUCUUUGAUCCUUCUUGAAGUAGAGAGAGACUAGAUGCUCACCUGUGCUCCUGUCCGUAGCUUGUUCUUCUCUCCAAAUUAUUUAAGGUUCAUUUGUUGCCCCCUCCCCCCACCCUCACCCCAAAGGAACGGAACAGAGUCAGGUUUAAGUAAAACUCCAGGUGACUCAGGUGACUCAUCCCUGUCCACCCAAAUUCUCACUGCCUUCUGCUCCCCUUUCUCCAUUACCCAGUGAAACCUUUCACCUCCCUGGUUUCUUUUUUUUUUUUAAUGUCAUGGAUCAUUUAGCAAAAUGUUGGGGCCAAUUAAAUAAAUUUGCAGUUUGCUAGAUAAUUGAACUGAAUUGAUGGGUUAGGUCAUUUAGAAACAUUGCUAUGGUUGAGGAGAGACAAGCUGUGGGUGUUCAGAUCUGUGCUGUCUGGCAUUUCAGCCACUGGAUGCCUGUGGCUAUUAAAUUUGUUUAUUCUUGCUAGAAACUUCAUUUAUUAAUUGUACCACCCACAUUUUGAGAGCCCUGUAACCACAGAUGCAAAACAUUUCCACCAUUGCAAAAAAUACUCCAUUUGACAGUGGUGGACUAGGUCGCUGCUCCUCAAAAUGUGGUCCAUGGGUCAUCAGCAUUCAUGUUAUUUGGGAACUUACAAAAAUUGCAGAAUCCUGAAGCAGACAAGAUGGUUCAGCAGGUCUAGCGACAAGGUUGAUACCAGAUGCCACGUAAAAGUGGGAAAAGAAAACGACUUAGAGACUUGUCCUCUGGCCUCAGUACACCCACCAUAGCAUGCUCACCCACAUAUGCCAUCCAUACACAAUAAUAAAUAAAAGAAUUUUUGAAUGGAGAACCUCAGGUCCAGUCCAGAUCUGCUGAACCCAGAUCUUCCUUUAAGUCCUGUUUCUCCAGCCCUUAGAGACUUUCGGCUGCCGCCGAUUCAUCCACAGUUGUUCAGUUUGUUAGUCAUGUGAUAGGCUCAGUGGCUCAUGACUUAAUUCACACUGAACGUUCCAGAAGAAUAUGUACUGAGAUAAAGAUUAGGCAGUCUCCGUCAACUUGUACAUUUUUAUUUUCUUGUAUCAGGAGAUUAUCCUGUUGAUAUAGUUCAUGCUUGAAGGCACGAAGCAGCCCACACAUAUUAGAUGAAUCACUGGGUAUGCAAAAGAACAAAAAAAAAUAGAGUCAAAAUGAUCACAAGUGAAUGCCAUUUAAACUCUGAAAGCAGGCCUGUUUUGCUAGAUUUGGGUCCCUUUGUCUUAUGUCAACUCCUGGAUUUUACAUGGUUCUUGAUCCCUUAAAAAUAGUUCCUGAAAAACAGUGUGUUCUUGGCCUCCAAACUCAAAUUGUUUAAUUCUGUAAUGAAAUCUUUUCCCAGUGAUCUAUUGUCAGGAAUCUGUCCCUUAAUUAUUUUUAUAUUUUGAUACAAAUUACCCAAACAUAGCUUCCUAACUACUUUGAUAUAUAAGAUCUUACUCUUUUUGACUCCAUGGGUUAUUUUGACAUGAAUUGACAAGCUACAAAUUGAAACGUAUAGGUGGCCCCUCUGCAUAGCCCGUGCAGAGUAAAUCAUUUACAAUUCCAACUGAGAUGGUGAACUUCCAUUUUCCAAGGAUGAAUUCUUUGGGGGUAUCAGUUUUGAUUAGACUGUAAAAUCAUUUCCUUUUUUCACCUCUGAGUUCUCAGUGGACACAUUCUCUGUGGUGUUAGGUUUUCAAACACCCACCUCUCCCCAGUACAGAUAUUGAGGGGAGAAAGGAAUUAGAAAUGAACCCUCCUCAGUGGCUUCCACAACUUGGCUGUUGGGCCUCCCCUUCUGCCACUGCCACACCCCAAGAGUCGUGACCCAUCCCCUAGUUUGUUUUUGCUGUGGUAUCCUCAGUUAACUUUUGUAUCACAAUCUCUGUCUUAUUGGUACCUUAGCAACAGGAUCCCUUCACAAAGAUGUAACUAGAACUCUUAGAGAGUGAUAGUUAUUGUUGUUUUAUAAUAAGCAAAACCUUGUUUUUCUUUAUUAUUUUUAUUUUACCAGGUUUUGUGUAGAGAUGUUUAUGUUAGAAGAAAAUAUGUAAAGAUUUGUUGAUAUAGAAAACAGAGAGCUAAAGACAGCUGGACUGUACCUGCCUUUUUCUAUACUUGUCUCUGUUAUUUUCAGGUAAAGAAAUUAAACAGAGUAGCUAAGACUGUAUUAACUCAAUAACCAUCUUAAGAUAGACUCCACAUUAUAUAUUAUAGAUGAAAAGCUUAUUUCCUUUUGUGUAAUUUAAGAUAUUGUAUUUACAUUAUUUAAUAUACUCUUAAUUUUUUUGCACUUCCAAGUUUUAGUUGGAAAAUAAAAAGCGAGCCACAGCUUUAAACUUUUUUUUUAAAUCCAUGUAAAAAUAUUUCCUUUCAGCUACAAGUUACACAUUGUGUAAGACUUUGUGACUAGUCUGGGUAUUUCAUACUAUCUAGAUUUCAAGAGUAAAUUAGCCAGCAGAACACAGGGUUACUUAUAAAAUGCAUUAAAAUAAGGACAUUUCAUACUCAACUGAUGCUCUCAAAGUAGGAAAACGCAAUUGAAUAUGUAAGCAAACAAGGAAAGCGAAUGUGGUUUAUGACUCUUACUAUUUGAUUGCACUGUUGUUCCGCACAGCUUAGCCCUUUCCAUAUCUACAUUCUGAGUAUUCAACACAUGUGCAGCCGAAGGCUGCUUACAGUGCUGGUUAGUGCUACCUGGUGAUGCGGAAGACUUGGGUAGAAUAGCACACCCAGUUUUGUGAGUUAUAUAUCGUAUACCGAAGAUGACUAAUACAUUGGAGUAAUAUAUUUAUCUAGAGCUGGUAAAUAUGAAAAUUAUUUUCAAGCCUUCAAGGAAAUUACAUUGGCUUUUCUCUAUCAACGAGAUAAAAGUCACUUGUAUGUUUAAAUCUAUUUGUACAACAGCUGUCUCCUUUAUUGGUAUUAUUAAUUUUCAUAUUACAAUUUUUCUUACCUUUUUAUACCAAAAGGAUUCUCAUGCUGGUUAUUUAAACUUGCCGAGAUGUAUCUGAGUUUGCAAGCUUUUUAGCAGAUAAAAUAUUUAAUAACAAACAGAUAUAAAAGCUUUGUAUAUUUUGUGGCUUUAGGAGAAAGAACUGUACCUUUGAAUUUCUCUCUGUGAGACGGUGCUGGCGUCAGCACCGUCCCUUGAAGGCAGUAUUACCUAGAACCAGUUGUAUAAAUCAGUGCCCUUAUUUAUUCUGUUGUGAAAUAUACUCUUUAUACAGAAUGCGUAUUUGAACUCCUUUUGUUUUACUGCUGUUGCCUGGAGUGUAAUAGCUCUGUUAAUGGUUGACUUAUAUACUUGAAAUGCUCAUUUCUGUCAAACAGAUGCCCAGUGUUUUCCUUCCUAAAAACAAAACAGAAAAAAAAUACCCAAAAUACAAAAUUCUAUUUUCUUUCCUGUCUUAGGUAACUAACUGAACAGUCAUAGAAACUUUUUUCUAUAAAAUGAUUUUUAUAUCUAAAAAGUCACAAGGUAGAGAGAGCACGGGAAUGAAUAAGUAGUCCCGAGAUCUGCUUUGCUAUGUUUUGCCCCAUGUAUGUUAUGCCUUCAAUCUGUGACUCUUUCCUUCUGUGGAUUUUUAGCUUUGUGGCAGGGACAUUGUUUUUGAUUGCACUGGCCAAUUUCGACAAGCACUGAAUCUUGAAUCCUCCCAAAGAUCUCAGACCUCUAAUGUCUAAACCUCGGUUCCAAAGUCUAUGCUUGGCAUCUGUUUCUAUGUGAUUGUGGGCCACACUGCAAAUGGUACCCAUGGUGGGCACUGUUUGCUUACUUCUGUCAAGUAAUCAGAAAGUUAAACUCAGUUUUUCCUGAUUUUCAUUUGGAGACAUUCUUGACUCAACUAUUUAAAAACCCAAACAUUUAAAAGGCAGUUGCCCAGUAUUGUUGUCAGGGAAGGAACAAAACUCCAACUGAACUUUGUAAAGCUAAGAAAACACUUUAACCCAACUGGUUUCUACUAUGUGAACAGCAGGUGAGUUGGGAGUUAUUUAAACCUCCUAGGAAAUUAAGAAUUAGUUUGCUUUUAAUGACAAAGCUUUCUGUUAUAUUAUUGUAGAUGCAUUUAUUGAGGAUAGAAAAAAUGAGACUGUGUUAGAAGUGUCGCUGAUCCAGGAACCUGGGGCAGUUUGGCCUGGCCUAGGAACAAAGAGUUUGAAUGUAUCUUUCAUGUUGUAUUUUGGAAGGACAGAACACGCAUGAAAUAUAAGACCUGGUGGGCGCUGCACCUCAGAAAGCUCCAGCUCCAUGGGUCAGGGCUGAAGUUCUUCCUAAAAGUUAGAUAGUUAACUCUCCAGGAAGCCCAUUUACUGCAAAACCCUAGGUCAGUUGAGGAGGAGGCGGUUUGGGUGACCUAAUCCCUAUGAUGUUUAGAACAGCCCCUGCAGUUGUUUAUUUCACGUGGUGGAGAUGUCUGUGCUUUCUCAGAUCAGCAGUAGGCAGCGAGGAAGUCACAGGGCCUCAGACGGUUCCUGUGAAGGCCGUGGUAAAGGUGACUCAGUCUAUAACUUGAAGACCAAAGAAAUUUUCAUGAGUUAGCUGAGCCUUGAAAUGUGUUAGUUCUGAUACGUUUUCCUUAAGAUCUGCUGUUUUUUAUUUAUAGUAUUUAUAGAGAACUCACCUCUUGGAACCUGAAGAGGUUCGUUCAGUUCAGAGCCUGUCAUGGCUCAUUGUGUCCUUACAACCAAUAUAUUUGGAUGUCUGGGGUUCCCCGUUUGAAGGGUUGCCCAACACAGCCAGUUACAAGUAAUUAAUCAUUUUUCCACUCUAAGAAAGGACGGAUAUCAGCAUGCGUUCUACCUUGAUUUACCAUUUCUUUCCCGGUGUCGUUUUAGUUAUAAAGAAGGGCAUCCCAGCUCUAACAGAGAAAGAAAUCUAGUAACCCUUGACAUUCCGUCUAGAAGUGGAAGUAAAGAGCCUGGGGCUCAGUGGGAGAGUGCUUGCUCUGCACGGUUGAAGCCUCAAUGGGUUCAGUCCCAACAUGGCCAAGAGCAGAAAGAACAAGAUGCAGGUGAGGCUGAAUGAGUAACCGGAGUAGGUCAUGGGUCUUUUAAUCUAUAUAUUAUUCAUUUCGUCUAGAAACUCACUCCUGAACGCUUCAGUUAAGGCCAUCUCAGGUUUUCUAUGCUCAUGUUAAAUGGCUGUUUUAUUGAGAUAAAUGUAGUUUUCAGCAAGGCUUUCAUAAGACUUUCUUAGAGUAAUUACCCCGAGGAAGAGGCACCUCAUGAAAGCAGUCACUUAGAAGUGAAGCAACAGGAUUCUUUGCCAGCCUUCCCCUGAAAUAUUACUUUCUUGAUAUUUAAGCUCCCUCCAGAGUGGCAUCUUUGCUAUAGAGCAUGGCCUCGCCACUAUAUUCUCUGGCGUGGAAUAGUAUUCCGUUGUGCCGUGCACCUCCAAAAGCCAUCCCUCAGCGAAACAGAAGCAGAUGCUGACCGCUGACCUCAUCAUUACCACUGUGGGAAUCCAGGAGAAAGUCAUUAGCCAUCAGACUGACAGCAGUUAGAGAUGGGGGACGGAAAGCUGAGCUCAUUUUCACAUGACAUUUGAUCGUGUCACUAGCUGAUUCUCCCUUUGAUUUUAUCCAGUCGAUGAAGAAGCCAUACUAGCUGAUUUUUGCUCUGAAGAGUUCUUUGUCAAAUCUGGCAGUGAUUAUAGCAUAGCUUGCUAAGUCAGAGUCCCCCCACCCCCACCCCCCAGUGCUGGGAUUCCAGGAAGGUGAACACUAUUUGGCAUCAGGAAAAAGACUAAAUUGGAAUUCAUCUGCCUGCUUUUUGUUUGAGUUUAUUUUUAAGAUAUCCCAGGCUGGCCUCAAACUCACUAUGUAGCUCCAGAUAGCCUCUAACUUGUAGUUCUGUCCCACACCUUCCCUAUAGCAUGUGGUGGUUAUUUCUCUGUCACGGUAACGGCAACUUGACUUUCCCGGUGACAGCGCUCUAAAUGAUCCUUGUAGACUGAUUUGGUACACUGACUGAGAGAAAUGAUUUGGCUGGGAGUUUGUUUCCCACGGUGACCUGCCAUAGAGACCUGUCAUAGAGAUGUCCUUGCUGUAACUGACAUUCAGGGCAGCCUCAGCACCUGCCCUGGAUGUCAGCUGAGUGGCCCCAGUGUUCUGAUGUGCAGACGAGCAAGGUCUCACAGCCCACUGUUCUUUUGUCCCCUCAACUUGAAAAGCCUUCAGAAGGAUGAUACUGUGUUUAUGACAAUGUUAUGCAAAUUGUGUGUUUCUGACAAGAAUUUUGUAACAAAAUCUGAAACAAAACAAAUGCUUCAUCCUAAUGGAGGCUUUGGAUUAUGCAAGUGAAUUAUUUUAUGGGUUGUUUUUGGUAUUUAUUGCAGCCAUAUAUUUCUUUGUUGUUGUUGUUUUUUUUUUUUUACCAUCCCACAAAUUCACAUGGCAUCUUGAGUUCUGUCUCCUCAUUUGCACUAAAGUAAUAAUAAUUCCACUGCCUUGCCUCUCCUUUCACCGUUUUUCUUUCCUGUCCUUUUGCUGAUUCUUCAGCAACCCAAUUCCCUACUUGCGUUCUUUCUCCCCAGAUUACAGAGACACAAAUCUGCUCUGUCUUCUCUUGGCUAAAAGCCUCAAGUAGGCUUUUCUGUCCCUUAGCAGCGUGGAUUAGAGACUCUAGGACUUUGCCUCAAGAACGACUGCACAGGGGGAAGGGGCUGGUGGGUGACUCCAGUGCUGCCUGUCCUGCCACCCUGUAGGCGUCCCCACCCUACGUUAACCUUUCUAGCGCAGGGAUGUAGAACAGCUCCAGUGUGUGGGUUCGGUGCCUUGGCAUAGCGGCACGCCACCGGUCAGCUCAUCCAAGGAGCACUGCAGAUCCAGUGAUCUGAGAAGCACUGUUGGGUAGCCUCCCACCGCUGCUUUGCCCCAACCCCUCCAGCAUAGUUUUGUUAGUUCGUUUUGGUUAAUCCACCUCAGUGAUAGCUUGACUUUCGGGCCAGUAUGUCAUCCAUGCUUCAUGUAUAGUCAAUGUUUUUCUGUUACUGUCAUAUUCAGUCACACACACACACACACAGAGAGAGAGAGAGAGAGAGAGAGAGAGAGAGAGAGAGAGAGAGAGAUAGCGCCGUAGUCCCAGAGUCUAACUAGUACAUAAUAAGACUUUUUGGCUAAUGUUUUUUAAUUAUUUUUUUAUGCAGUCACAAAUAAAAACUCAGAACUCCUUGAAAGUCUUGUGUUUGCGAGGACACAUGCCCUCUGAGCAGACAGAGCGUCAGCAGGCAUAAGUCAUUGUUUUGUCAAGGAUCAUCAUUUGUUAAUUUCGUGUCUUUACGUCAGAAGUGUUUACCAGAUCCGAAUCCUUGUUUCUGAAAGUGGAACAUAAAUUUCGGCAUCACUGCCAAAAGUUCGCUUGAGUUCAUACACUUGCCCUACAGACUGUCUUUCUAUUCUGUAGACUCAAUACUUAGAAUCUUCAUAGACAAAUACAUAUUGAUUAUGAGACUUGGAAAAGAAUAAAAACAAUAGUAAAAGUGAAAUUUUUAAAACAGCAUCCACUCAAGAAGGCAUAGGUGAAAAUCAUAUGAUUUCAGGCCAUUUACUCUUAAUCAUUAUUGUAUGACAAAUGUAGGAAGCUCUGUGGUUGUCACUGCCCUUAGAAAGCUUGGAGACUAAAAUAUUUGCUGUUACCCAUGGGCCUGUUUUCCCUAUGAUUGGCUGAAGCCAAUCUUCCAUGUCCUUAGGUAAUGACAAGUUGGCACAGCACUCUUUAAGUUAAAUUGCUUGAAUGGACACUGGUGCACACAAUAAAAGUGGAGCUCUCUCUUCUAGUCACUGGUAAACUUUCCCUACCUGCUCUACCUUGGGCACUCACUUAGAUCCUAACGGUGGAAAACUAAGACGUGACCUCUGUCUGGUAGAGUUUAAAUUUGUUCUCAAGGUGCUCUUCCUGAAGUCUGUUUAAAGAAAUGAGUCGGAUUUCUUAAAAAUUUUCUCAGGCUAUUUCAGUCUCACCCCACCGUCCUCCAGAAUUAACCAAAUCUACACCAUCAAGAAGCAAUCCCAUUUUUCUUUCCACAAUCGCUAGAUUUUCAUGUUGGGUGUAGUUCCUGCCAUCACUGAUCAAAGGUGUGCUUCUUUAACCCUAUACUUCGCUGCUUCUGCUCCUACAGGGCCUGUGCUGAGCCCCAGUGUCUGCUGUAUAGAACCAGGGUAAAUCUAGGCUUUCUUCUAGGAAGGCAGAAAUCCAUGACAUUUAUAGCAAAAUACAUGAGGUGGUGACAUUUGUAAACCCACAGGCUAAGAUGGAGGUCUCACAGCCAUGCUUCCUAGGAGAUGAGAAAGCUUUGUUUGAAGCUACAGGUUGGUGUUAGCACCUUAGAUAGGAAGAGCAAGAAGCAAUAGCAUUUAACAGGUAGCAUAUGUACUUCAGCAUAUAGUAGUAUCCUGGUAUUUGUAUGUCCCAAGGUUCCGAUAUGUGGAUGAAACACAGCAGGUGUUUGUGUUAUGGCAUUGUCUUCUAAAUAUUUACUGAUGGAUAGGCUAUAAGUUUCCUUUAGUAGAAUGAAGAAAUAAAUUGUCUUUAUCUUUCCUAUCAGUGAGAUUUUGGGGGGGGGUGUCUUUGCUGGUUUGUAUUUUCACAUUUCAAUAAGUAUAUAUUGAAGUCAUGAUUUUCUGUCAUAUAAAAUAUCAACCAUUUCUAUGUCCCUUAGCAAAAGAAAAGCCUCAACUUGAUAAUUUUUUUGCUUAGUUCAACUUUGUAAACGCUCCACAAAAGGAGGGGGCAAGGAAGGCUGGGCACUGUGGCCUUGUACCCAGCACAAUCAUUUCACUUCCAAUAAGGAUAAUCAGAACAUGUUUUCCCCUUGUUACCAUCACAGUGAAAGCCAAACAGCACAGCUGCUUCUCCUCCUUCUAUUGCAAAGUAGUUUUAAUUUGGCCUUGCCAUAUUUAUAGCUAAGAAUUUACUACAUUUUGGUAGUCUGUUUUGAAACUAAAUACUUGUAUCUGAAAGACGCAGAUAAAGUCUGCCUAUUUCUUACACAGUGGGCUCUGUUUGCUCCAGAAAAGAGUGAAACUUUUACCUGCUUAGCACUCUUGCCAUUGAGAUAUACCUGACAGAGCAGAGGUUAUAACUUUGGCUCUAAUUACUUUUAAUAAUGAUAAGACGUGACUUUUGUUUGUUUACAUGCUGUUUACAAUGGCAUAAUUUUUAAAAUCUAUAUGACAAUUGAGAUAUUUAUUGCAUACUAUUUUAAAGAUGUUUUAAUGUGUUUUCACCUUUGGAAUAUAUUGUUACAUUUCCUUGUACAGAUAAUUCGGGUGGCUUUGUUAAUGUAGCUAAUAAUUUUUAUGACUACUAAGUGACCAGUUUCGGUGCCUUCUAUCGUGGGAUGCAUGACUAUGUAUUUAUUGUAAGGAAGUCACUGAUGUGUGUAUUUUUGUACUUUGCUGAGAGUAAUGGUUGAUGUACAUGAUGAGAGAUGUCUUUCCCAAAAGGCACUGCCUUCAGAGUGACCUUCUCAAAUAAAAAAGACUGCGUUUGAA